AUGGGAGUAGCCUGCGGUCUGGACAGAGCUGUGAUUGCGUUGCACCCUCAGCAGGGGUUGCUGAGGGUGCCCGGGUAUAAACGUUAUUGCGCGCGUGUGUGUGUGUGUGUGGCAGAGGCGUGGUGGGCGCUGGGGCUGGUGGCGGCGGUGCACGCGCUGCGCGUGGGCGCGUGGGCGCUGGGCGACGAGCACGUGCGCCUGCUGGCCCUCGAGGCGCUCGCCUGCGCAGAGAUGCUCAGCGUCGGCCCCGUGCUCUCCCCGGCGCGCGCCCGCGCGGCCGGCGCUCAGGGGGUGGCCACUUACGUCGCCAUCGUGUUGCUCAUCCGCCUGUACCGCAGCCGCUACUGGAUCUGGCACGAGACGGGCAACCCGGCGUCCUCUCUAGCGUCGAUGCCUCCCGACCAGCAAUGGGUGGAGUUCGCCCUGGUGAAGACGUGGGCGCAGUUCACUGGCGGAUGGAUCGGAUACAGAGGCAGGGGCGAGCACAGUGAACCAAAAGAAGACAUUGGCAUAAGACGCUACUCAUCUGUUGUUCUAGAGACUGGGACGAGCACAUUGAACCAAAAGGAGACAGAUUGGCAUAAGACGCUACUCAUCUAGGCGAGCACAGUGGACCAAAAGGAUACAGAUUGGCCCAAAGAGCGAUUUGUUCGAGAGGCGGAGAUCACAGUGAAUCUCACUGGAAGUAUCUUCAAUCCCAUGACAGCUACUGUGACGCACCAUGUAUGCUUCUUGGAGAGAAAGUGUGCUGACUAUUUGAUAUUAGUGGCAUUUAUCUGCACAGAAGAGCAAGUUAGUUCUUGAGUUACUAUAUAUUGUAUCAAUGUUUUGGAAAAAUAAAUUAUUUUGUGUUGUAAAAAUUGUAUUUAAGUUUGUUAAGAACACUUCUGUGUACAAUUAUAUGCGAAUUAAAAUAUUACUGGAUUCAAUAACGAUAUU